CAUUUCAAAGGUGUGUACAAAAUGUUGUUAUUCCACUUUGUCGUCGCCACGUAACCGCCAAUAACGAAACGACGUCGGGUAUCGAAAAAGUGACACGGACAGGCUUACUCAAAUACCUCUUACUUUCGAAAAAGAAUCGGAAGACUUUCAGCUGUAGGGAAGAGUGUGAACAAGACUAGUUCUGCUGUGAAAAUGCUCACUUGGAUUACAAAUUAUGCAACGUAGUUUCUUCAUUUUGACGAGGUGAGAUGUGACAGCCAGACGACUAUCAUCAAAUGCGGAGGAAAUAACCGUUAGUUGUUGUUUCUACUUAUGAAGGAGUUGGGCAUGCUUCAGUAUGGAGAAUUCAGGUCUGCGAAGUCAACAGGCAUUAUUUUUGCUCUUGGUUGGAUUGCAUAUGGAUCGACAUACCUUCUACGGAAACCCAUUGGAGUGAUUAAGGCAGAUCUGGAAAAAGAUCUUGAUCUGAGCAAGAGUGCUUUGGGGUGGCUAGACACUGCUUUGCUUUUGCCCUAUGCUGUUAUGCAGAUGGUCUUGGGUCAGUUAGGAGACAAGUUUGGUGCAAGACAGACCUUUGGUAUAGGGUUGCUGCUGUCUGGUCUCUCUAUGAUUUCAUUUGGCUGGUGGAAUAAUUUCAAUUUAUUUUGGGUUCUUUUGUUCAUCAAUGGCACAGCUCAGGCUCAGUGCUGGCCUAACUGUACCAAAGUUCUACUAUCAUGGUUCUCUGAUGAAGUCCGCAACUCUAUCUUUGGGAUGUUUGGCACCUGUGCAUUUGCAGGAGGAGUGAUUGGAACCAUGCUUGCUGUUUACUUGCAAGCUCAUAGUGGCUGGCGAGCGGUUUUCUUUCUGCCAUCAAUAAUAGUUUUACUGGUUGGUGUCGUCGUGCUGCUUUUCUACAAGAUGCCAGAGGAUGUGGGAAUUACAGUUUCUGGCAGAGAUUCAAAAUUGAAGAUGACAAUGUCAGAAAAACCCAGUGGACAGGGGACAAAGAGUAUGAGUUUCUUGCAGUUGUGGAAGCUUCCAAUGCUGAUGGAGGUGGCUGUGGCAGUGUUUUGCCUGAAAGUAGUUCGCUACUGUAUGUACAUGUGGUUGCCCAUGUACCUCCUGCAACAGCUAAAAUAUGAGCAGAGUACAGCAGGCAUUCUGUCCACCAUCUUUGAAGUUGGUGGAGUUUUGGGUAGCGCUCUUAUUGGCUUCAUCUUAGACAGAUAUUUCCAGGGCAGAGGGUUGUUUGGCACAGCACUCUCAGUCACUAUGUCGACAGUUGCUCUUGUGAUGUUCACGUUCACAGGGUCCUGGGGUACAACGUUCAAUGUAGCUUUUCUCCUGCUGGCAGGUGCUUUCAAUGCAGGACCUGACACAAUGCUAGGGGGUUCGAUUCCUGCAGACCUGGGAGAGAAAUAUGGACAAAACGCAGCUGCUGCAACAGUGGGCCUUGUUAAUGGCUUUGGUAGUAUUGGACCUUGUAUAGAGGGCCCUUUGAUAGGGCUGGUGGCGACCUGGUAUGGCUGGACCAGUGUCUUCUUCGUGAUGACAGUGCUCUCAGCAUUUGGUGCCUUGGCAGUCUUCAGAGCGUCUAUGAUACAAACACGCAUUAAUCUGGAGAGAUUGCAGAACAUAAACCACAUAUAAUUUAUUACAAGUUAAAGUAUAUUUGAAAAGGCUGUCAUUUUGCAUUCCUCAUGACUUAAAGAACAGGGCAGGCUUUAAAAAAUUUUUUCAUAUACUUGUAAUAUCUUUCUCAAUAUUACAAAUACAAAAUAGUACUUUAUUUAUGUAAUUAUAUUAUGUAUAUAGUGUUGCAGCACAAGGACAAAUUUUAAGGCAUAAUAAUAAAAACUAUUUAAAUUCUGGAAAUGCUUUUCAUAUUGCCGAUUUUAUUAUGAAACUGUUCUAAUGUGUUGACUAUCAAGCAUGCAAUGGUCCAUGUCAAAAAUGUAUUUUUCAUUUUCACAGCAAUCUUACCCUUUUUAUUGUUGUCAUAUACUUGUGCAAACUGCUGCAUUUUUCUCAAGUAUUUAUUUCAAAUCAGUUUUACCAUUACAUAUCUUUUGAAGCUGCUAUCCAAACACAGCCUAGUUCGUUCAUUUGUGAUAAGUUUGAGGUGUACAUAAACAAAAUGCUGCUGUACACCACAGCCUAGUUCAUUUGUGAUAAGUUUGAGGUAAACAUAAUCAACAGCUGCUGUACACCACAGCCUAGUUCAUUUGUGAUAAACUUGGGAUUCACAUAAUCAAAAUCAUAAGCAGCUGGAUUGGAAACAAGGUUCAUAUUGAUAAAUCAUGCAUGUUGGUAUGCCCCUUUUGGUGUUAUGAUCUUACAGAUUCUCUCCGACCACAUCUCAUGCCAUACCUAUGCAUUGGAUCCGUCUAAAACACUUUUUCUGUUUUGUUCUUAACGUCUGGGACAGUGACUGUUACCAACUUAUGUUUAAACAUUGAUUCGUUUUUCAGUUCUUUUUAUAAAGGUGUGCAUUUAUGUAUUUUUUUUUAAGAGUAAUGUUAAAAUGAUGCAUUAUGUUUCUAACUGCGUGUAAUCUGGCAUCAAAAGUAUUAUUCUGAUCAUCAUAAGAAUGGAUUGAGCAUGUGCACAAAGAUCAAGCACAGGUCCAAAGUAUAUAGUACAUUAUUUAACAACAAGGUUUGCAGGUGGAGUCAGGAGUCACAUGAUAUUAGUAAUAUCUGGGGCAGUAGUUAUGAUUUUCCUGCGAAAUGCAGCAUUGUUCUAGUCUCCUGCUCUGUAUCAAACACUAGGAUAAAUAUUUUUUUUCAGUGUCAAAGCUUUCAGGCAAUUUUUAUUUGUACACUCUUGAUGUUCCUUAAGAGGAGCUGUUGCUGACAUCCUUUCAAGGGGAUGGCAUAAGUAUCUGAAUUUUUACAAGGAUGUUCAUUGAAACUCAUUCACACAUUCUGACAGAGGCGUGCAAUAUUUCUCUGUGUUGCCGUUUUUGCUUUAAGGUAUUAUUGUGUUUGUGCCAUGGAGGUAAUAAGUUUUAACAAUGGUUAAGCUUUUUUUUAUUUUCUGAGGUGAUCAAAAGUUAUUCUGAAUGAUGAUUUGAUGUAUGUAGCCUAAGAGAGUAUCUGUAAUUUUUUUUUUUUUUUUUUUUUUGGCUCACAGCUUGUAUUUAUUUUUCUCAAACAUAGCAUGCUACCACAGAGUAACAGCUCUCCCCGAGUCUGCAAUAUGGUUCACACCCACUGCAUGAUUGUUUGCCAAAGUCAGUUCUGUUACAGCAAUUUUACUUUAGGUUUUAUCUGUCUCAUUUUUAUAUUCUAAAUGAAUUCAGAAGCUGUAUUUAUAUUUUUCUCUGUUUAUUUAAUUUAGGUAAUAGCAUAGCAGGAUUUACACAGAUUCUUUAUGUAAAUUCGUGUCUGCACCCAUAACACCUGUUAAAGCUACAUGAGGCGAAGUCGCUUUACAGGUUUAAAAUAUUAGAACAAUAAGCGCUAUCCGUUAAAUAAAAACUGUAAUGAAGAAAGGAUGUGUAAAAGUCUCAUAUUUAUAUCUCAUUGUUAUUAUGGUACUAUAUAUUGUAUGUAAUAUUUAUGUCAUUGUUAUUAUGAUACUACAGAACAUAAGUAUAUUCCUUAUUAUUAUGGGACUUUACGGUACUAUAUAGCACAAAGAGUCACUGUUUGUUUAUUUUUCCAUUUGGUUACUUGUCUACAAUAAAUAUAUGUUACAUUUUAAAACA